CAUGUUACGUUACCUCAUCGGGUAAGCCAUUGAAUUUGUUUCGGUCGUGUUACAUUAAAAUAUUUCAAGAUCGAUACGACUUAAAAGCAGUAUCAAUGAACAUUCGAGUUUUUUCAUUCACGUCGAACGAUCUGUGUUAGUGAUUCAAUGAGACAGAUUAGCUUUUGGUGAUCCAAAAUAAAUAUAUAUGAUGCUUCUAGUAUGGAUCAUAUUAGUUGUUCAAAUCAUCCGGUGUUACGGCCAACAAAUAGGUAGCUGCAAUUUCAAUUCUAUGUGCUCUUGUUCAUCUGAUCAACAUGACUUAAGUGCAAGAACUAUACACAGUGUUAGUUGUCUUUCAGUGCCAUUCUUCAAAUUUCCGAAUCUCCCAGAAGGAAAUAUAAACCAGUUAGAAGUAGCAGGCUCCAGCAUUACUAGCUUUGAAGCAGAGAGCUUAGCAAGAUGUCAAGUACAGUCUCUGGUAUUAAGCAACAACAAACUUCAACAAAUAUCGGAACGAGCUUUCAGCUCUCUUUGGAAGACUCUCAGCUCCUUAGAUUUAAGCUACAAUCAAUUAGAUGCCAUACCUUUUGCUACAUUCAAGGAACUGCGCAGUCUGCAAUGGAUUAACCUUCAUGGGAACCAAAUCUCCUCCAUAAAUGGUGAAUGGUAUCAUGUGAAGAACACCGCAGCCACCUUAUUCUUAGGUGAAAACGACCUCACUGAGAUCCCCGCAGAGUCUGCUGAAACGGUUUCUAAAAACUCGCAUGGCCUUCGACAGUUCAAAUCAUUGAUCUGGGUCAACUUAGAUGGAAACAAAAUAUACAAGACCCACAAACAUUCCCUGCCUCUCACGCUUCAAACAAUCAGUAUAUCUCACAACCUUAUUGAAUCCUUUCCAGUUGAUAUUAUAUCCACUCUUCCGAAUCUCCAAUGGUUAUAUCUUAGAGGCAAUCACAUCAAAAGCAUACCAGAUCACACUUUCCCUAAAAAAUUAUGGGUAGAAAAGAUUGACCUCGGGGAGAAUGAACUCAGUGAAUUGCCUAAUGCCAUUUUUAACCAAUCCAUCAAUAUAAGAGACCUAAAUUUGGCAUUCAAUGACUUCAAAACUCUUCAAGCCGGAAGUUUUGAAGGCCUUCAGUGCGGGAGGAUCAUGCUAUCCUAUAACCAGUUGACAGAUUUGGAUGAAAGAACAUUUUCUGGACUAGAAGACACUCUGGAAUAUCUUGAUUUCGAUCACAAUAAUUUUCAACAAGUUCCUGUUGCCUUGGAUUCACUGAGAAGUCUGAAGUAUUUAUAUCUUUCUUCUAAUUCCUUAACGGAAAUUCCAGAUACAUCUUUCAGGAAUUUUUGUCAUAGCUUGAAAGCUAUCAGUUUCAGCGGAAAUAGACUGUCGAGAAUACCGAAGGAUACACUGAGUAACUGCACAAAAAUUUCACACUUCAACGCCGCUUUUAACGAAAUACAUGAAAUAAGUGACGAUGAUUUCACCCAAUGGGGCGGUAACAUAAAAAGUCUGAUCUUGGGUAACAACAGAAUUUCUUUAUUGAAGAGUCAAGUUUUCGCUGAUCUCCAACAGCUCAGAGAACUGAGUUUGAGUUUUAAUCCUUUGAGACAGAUUGAUACUGAUGCCUUUGUAGGUCUUGAAGGUCUUGAAAACUUGGAAAUUUCGUUCGGAUUAGACAGAGAUGAACUUCCAUACGAAAUAUUCAGGCCAUUACAAAGUUUAAAGUGGUUAGCUAUAGAUAACAAUAAUUUCCACAGCAUAUCAGAGGAUAGUUUCGAUUUCCUGCGAGAAUUGAAAUACUUGAAUUUGGAAUCGAAUAAUAUUCAAGUCAUUCCAACAAAUCUUUUCAAAUCAUCGUUCCACACCAAACUCACCGACGUGAGAUUGUCUCAUAAUAAAAUUUCAGUUAUCUAUCCGAAUACAUUUCAGUCACUUCCAAGCUUGGAAACGAUAGUGAUGUUCAACAACGCUAUUCAGACAUUGGAAUCGAAUAGCUUCAACGAUCUUCAAGCACUGAGAAAGGUCGUUUUAUCCGAUAAUCAAAUAAGUGAAAUUGGAGAAGACGCUUUCUCUAAUUUGCCUGUCCUGGCUAAAUUGGAUUUGGAAAAUAACAUGUUACUCGAGUUUUCCAUGAAAAUUUUUUCCAAUGUAUCUAAUCCCAUCCAUCUGAAUCUAAGCAGGAAUCAAAUUGCAUCCUGCAAUUCGGAGAACAAAAUCGUCAACCUGGAGGUUUUAGAUUUCAGACAUAACAAGUUCCGAAGGAUACCGAAAUGCCUGGAGAAUAUUGCACUUCUCAAACAGCUGUACUUCGACUAUAAUCACAUAGAUGCGUUGAAUCAUAACGUCUUCAUGCAUUUGACAUCUUUAGAACGUUUGAGUCUGAAGGGAAACCGAAUCAAUAUAGUGAGUAGAAAAGCGUUUGUGGGUCUUCAAAAUCUUCAAAUCCUGGAUUUAUCGAAUAAUUUGAUAAAUACCUUACAUUUCAGUCAAUUUUCCGAUAUGCCUAAACUGAGAAUAUUAGAUUUGAACUCGAAUAAUUUGAAUCACCAUUUGCCUAAAGAUAUUUUCGAGAAGACACGCCUGGAAAUGCUGGACUUGAAUUACAAUUCUUUCUCGACAGUUCCGAGCGCAAGUUUGUCGACUGUAGGACUAACUUUACGGAGUCUUUCGAUGCGGAACAACAACAUCGAACACAUCGAUAGCAUGACAUUCCUGGAUAUUUCUUCUCUUCUGUUUCUCGAUCUCAGUAGCAAUAAAUUGACUUCUUUGCCAGACAACGUCUUUUCAAGUUUAGGUCACUUACAGAGUCUAGACAUUAGCUCGAAUCCUCUCCAUGCUAACUUCAAGGAACUGUUCCACUACGCCCAAAGUUUGAAGCAUCUGAACUUGGCCAAUACAGGGAUUACUUCCACUCCGCAUCUACCAUUGCCCAAUUUGAUACACCUUAAUCUCUCUCAUAAUAAUAUUGAAGCUACUAAGAAGAACUCUAUGCAGGAGCUUUUCAAGUUAAAAUUGCUGGACUUGAGUCAUAACAAACUUAGUAGCGUACCUUCACAUCUGUGGUCCAAUUUGAAUUCUUUGAAAACACUCGAUAUAUCUAACAACCCCAUAAAGGAGAUUACUAUAGAAAAUUUCCAAGGUCUUGAAAAUCUACAGAAUUUAAAGUUGAGAGGUCUGAAAGAUUUGACAAAAUUCGAGAGUGAAGCUAUUGUGCAAUUGAAAAUCAUUACAUCUUUGACUAUCGAGACUUGGCCUAAAAUAGAGAACUUCGAAGAAGAAUUUUGCAAUCUCCUAAAGAAAUUGAGUCAAUUAAGAAUUUUGAAGGUCCACUUCACUGAAACUUCGCUCGACACCCAACUGUCCUGCAUAAACAACAAAAAAAUUCGACAUCUUGAGAUCACCGGCGAAAACUUGAAAAACGUAGAGAGAGACGCCUUCAGUAAAUUCACGAACAAUCCAGAUCUUGUGCUGAAAAUAACUGGAACUCAAAUAGAGGAACUUCCAGCUGGAUUAUUCUCGAACAUGUACAAGAUAUCUUACCUGAUGCUAGAUUUGAGAAACAACAAACUGACACAUAUUGAUCCAGAAAUAUUUUAUGGAAAUUACACUACUUGGAAAAAUGUUGGGACUACUUUGAUAUCAGGAGGAAUCAUGAUAUCCAACAACCCUUUCAGAUGCGGUUGUCAUCUCGCAUGGUUCGGAAGAUGGCUACGAAGAUGGACUCGAGAAAGUCUUCAAGCACACAACGCUCCAGUUGAGACUGCUCUACGAAUGCGAGAGAUUGUGAAGGAAGCGAUGUGUACAGAUCCGGUGAACGGUGUACAGAUGCCAAUCGUCCAACUUCCCCCAGAAGACAUGAGCUGCCAGGCUAGCGCCUUAAGCCACACGCCAAAUUUGAGUAAUACUCCUGUGAUCACUCUUUUUCUUUUGUAUAUUUUGUUUAAAGUAAGGCUGCUAUGAGGGUGGUAAUGUGAAACUUGAAUUAUUGAAAAAACUCUUGAUUAAAGCUGCUUCGAAGGAGCAUGAGAGUCCUACUGAUAGAAAUAUUAGAUUAAAUCAAAAAGAAGUCAAUUCUUGUGGAAACUUUUAACUGAAAUGAAACGAA